CGCCACCUUCAUUAGACCAACGCUUCCCAUUCUCUUUCACUUCUUCAAUCUCUCUCUCUCUUUUUUUUAUUCUCAAAACUCUCAAACACUCAUCCUCCCCAAAAUACACAAAUAAUCCAAAAACAAACACACUAAUUUUCAACCACAGUUUUGGCAUCCAUCAUAAACCAAAUGAAUGAAACUUUCUCUAUGGGGUUUCAUCAUUGAUUGCCAUGUCAAACAUACCCUCAUCACUUUCUGAAAUUUGCCUCACCCACUUUCGCCUUGCCAUGUCCACCGCGGAUCCAUGGCCCUUCUCAUGAUUGCUACCUUUUAAAAGUCCCACAUUCGUUAGAAAUCCAGACAAGAUUACAUUUAUAAGCCUUCUGCUUUUUCCCUCGUUCGUUGAAUUUCCUUUCCUAAGGUCAUGCAAUUCAGGCUCGGCAGGCGCGUGAUUCGGGUCACGAGAUGGAUCUUCCGUCGGCCCAGGGCCCGGCCCAGAUACUACUACGCGCGUCUGGGUGGCGGCCCAUCAUCUUCGGGGAAUCCUAUGACGAAGCUUCUCACGUGGGGACGAAAUCUGAGGACACGAGCGAGGUCCUUAUGCCGGAAGAAAACCGGGUCGAGUUACCUACCGAUCGGGUCGGAUCUGGAAAAGGCUCCGCCGGUGCCGAAGGGUCACUUGGCGGUGUACGUCGGAGAGGAGGACGGCGAGUUCCGGCGGGUUCUGGUGCCGGUGAUUUACUUCAACCACCCUCUGUUCAGUGAGUUGCUGAAAGAGACGGAGAAGGAGUUCGGGUUCGAGCACCCGGGUGGGAUCACGAUUCCGUGUCAACUCACUGAGUUUGAGCGGGUCAAGGAGCGGGUUGCAUCCGGGUCGGGUUUGCGCGGCAGAAUCCGAAGACUCACGUGACGGCUAUCAUUUCAAGAUUUGGUAAAAUUUCGAUGACGACGAUUAAGAGUUAUUAUUACGAUGGUUUUGGAAUUUUUUGUUUUUGGGAUAUUUUUUGUUCUUAUAUUAGGUCGCGGUUAUUGUUCUAGUUAGGAAUUAAUGGGUUGGGUUUAGACUUUAGAUUCUGAUGGUGUAGAUGGAGUUUUGAACAUAGAGUAGAAUUAGUGAUACUGUUGUGUAUAGGUUGAAUUAAAAUAUGAAUCAUUACCUCUUCAAGAAAUUCUUGCUGUUUCCUCUACCCUAUCAUACGGGAUUUGUUUCACAAUCACGCAUGUUAGAUUAUUCAGAAUCAUUAUAAUUUGUUGGUUCUACCUUCUUC